AUGGCGGAACACGCCAAGGCCCAUGAUGAUCUCAAAGAUCUUACGGCAAAGGUAGAGUCAUAUGAACUAGCCAACCUGGAGGACAGAGGAAGGCGCAAUAACCUCAGAAUCCGAAUCAUAUCAGAAAAAGUGGGGUAAAACAACCUACAAGCCCAAAAUAUUGGCCUCCUACAAAUGCUUAUGCCAGACAUCAUUCAAGAUAUGCUAUUGAUCGACAGACUCCACCGUGUCCUCAAGCCUCAAUCCCUGCCAGCACAUAUGCCAAGGGACACACUCAUGCAAAUGCACUAUUACUAUAUCAAAAACAUUCUCAGAGCAAAUAGGAACAUGAAGGAUCUGCAAUCUCCAUAUAGCAACAUCCUGAUCUUUGGGAAUAUAUUGGCCUUCACAUUAAGGAAACGACUAGUGUUGAAGGACCUCAUGGAGCAGCUACGCAGGAACAACCUACCAUACCGUAACCCAAAGUCAAAUUCCAGGAGACUUUCUACUGAAUGGAAAAAAUCAAGCAAGUGA